ACCCAACACCAAACCAUACCAAACCAAACAGCUCAAUUGCAAUCAGUGAUGUCUGCCAAGCCCACCUCCCCCGUCGAAGAGAAGUUGGACGCAUUCCUCUCUCACCGACCCGCUGAAGCCGAACUCAAAGAGAAAAACAUCCUCAAAUCCUCCACCCUUCCCCCAACCCUCCAAGCCUCCGAAGCAGACCUCAAACGCCACCAGCUCGAGGACAAACUCAACGAGAAAGUUUUGCAUCGACCUGCGCCGGAGGAGUUGGAGAAAAGGGGCAUUUUGGAGAGUGGGGAGGGGCCGGGGCGUGAGUAAUGUGUGGGUCGGGUGUACUGUAUGCCCCGCUGGACAAUUUUUU